ACCUAGAUAGGGAAUACAGAGCAGAAUGAAAUUCAGCCUGAGAUCAGAGGAACGAAACGGUCUUUUUCAGUUACUGGAGGAAUACAGAGCGAAAACGAGCCUCUUUAAGGAUGGGGCGGCUGUGCAUCUUCACAAUUCUCUGUUUGGCUUUAAUGCUAUUGCUGCAUGAUACAUCAGCAGACAAGAAAGGAACAAGCAUCAAGAAACCUACCAAGACUAAAACUACAACUGCAUCUACAAACAAGCCUCAACAGGGGAGUAAGCCCAAGCCCAACUAUCCCAGGCAGCCCAACCCAUACCCCCCUGCAGGCAGUAACCCUGGAGCAGGAUAUCCUAACCAACAGUACCCUGGUAGAGGAGGUGUAAGUCCAGGAGGAAAUCCUCAUCAGAACCCUGCAGGUGGCAGUUAUCCUGCAGGUGGAAGUUACCCUGCAGGUGGCAGUUACCCUGCAGGUGGUAGUUAUCCUGCAGGUGGUAGUUAUCCUGCAGGUGGAAGUUACCCUGCAGGUGGUAGUUAUCCUGCAGGUGGAAGUUAUCCUGCAGGUGGUAGUUAUCCUGCAGGUGGAAGUUACCCUGCAGGUGGUAGUUACCCUGCAGGUGGUAGUUAUCCUGCAGGUGGAAGUUAUCCUGCAGGUGGAAGUUACCCUGCCGGUGGUAGUUAUCCUGCAGGUGGAAGUUACCCUGCUGGUGGUAGUAACCCAGCUAGGGGACAAAAUCCAGGACAAGGGGGCAGUUAUCCUGCAGGUGGAAGUUACCCUGCAGGUGGUAGUUAUCCUGCAGGUGGAAGUUACCCUGCUGGUGGUAGUUAUCCUGCAGGUGGAAGUUACCCUGCUGGUGGUAGUAACCCAGCUAGAGGAAAAAAUCCAGGACAAGGGGGCAGUUAUCCUGCAGGUGGUAGUUAUCCUGCAGGUGGUAGUAACCCAGGUAGAGGACAGUACCCUGUAAGUCCUAACCAGUAUCCUGCAGGGAGAGAAUACCCUGCAGCUGGUGGCUACCCAAACCAGUAUCCUGGACAAAUCAACCCUGCAGGAUAUCCAGCGGGUGGUGGUUACCCAGUGAGAACAGGAGGAUACCCAGGAGGCUAUCCAAUCGGUGGAGGAUCAUAUCCUAACUGGAAUCCUAACAACAAAAUUCUUAGUCCUCGCUAUGGAGGUGGAUUUGGGGGUCCAGGGUAUGGAACUGGUGGCUCACCUUUCUCAAAAUCGGUUAAUAAUAUGGGCUAUGGACCAUCCGUAAAGUCCAAAGGCUUUGCCAAAAAGGCAAUGCUGGCAGCCGGAGUUGGAGCUAUGGCAGGGAUGGCUGUAGGGUAUGGUCUGGGUCGAUUUCCACGGCCACACUUUCCCUUCAGCAGCCCCCAAGAGGAGCAAAACUACAACCAUUACAUGCACCGUCGCUAUGGCAUGAAUUCUACUGAUACAAAUGACUAUGGACGUGACUACACAUUCCAGCCACCACCUCAGGCCCAGACUUACAAAAACUACAUGGACAAGUGCAUGAAAAGAACUGACCUCUUGCAAAAUCGUGAUGCAAAGAUUAGUAGCAUCCAGGAGGAUGACCCCAUGACUGGUUCACUUGCAGUUUCCAAUGGUACUUCUGAGAGAGUUGGCACUGCUGAGGUUCCAGUGCCUGUUGAGUCCCAAGAAAGCAAUGAUGAUACAGUGGGCAUCACAGACAUUGGUUACCCUGCACUCAUCCAGCAAGUAAAGGAACGGAAAUGUUUAGAGCUUUUCAUGGUGUACUCCGAGAGCUUCCUCCAGAAGCAGACACAACAGCUUCCCAGCAGCUUCAAUGACCCAAAUGGACAUUCUGGACUCCUUGUACUGCUCAUGACUACCAUCAUGGCCCUCAGCAGUACGCUCUUGCUGCAGUGACAGCACAGAAUAUUACCCUACUGCGUGUUAAGAGUGUCAGACUUGGAGACCUCUGGGCUCAUCAUAAAUUCCCUGAUAUAAAACUUUUCAUCUCACAAUCACUUCCAUGACAUAUCAUGGUUCACAAGAAUAUAAUGUUAUUGUAUGAAAUAAUAAUGCAUGUUUUACAGUACCUGUUAUGUAUGUGCAGCAUUUUGUCCAAAAGGAAACAUUUAAUUCUGGCCUAUCAUAUAUCCUCACUAACACCUUUCUCAGCAGUUAUAAACCUUGUAAUCAAAUAACGAGCUGACUAGUAUGGCUACCUAUAUAUCUUUUGCAAUACUUAACAGUAACCAACAGUGGAAAACAUUUUUCCCCCUAAAGCGUUAAUGGAUAAUUAUUAUAUGAAGAAAUUGUCAGGAAUUAUUGUUUGCACAUUCUGUAUUAUCAUUAUCAUUUAAUUUUUUUAUUUUACUUUUUUUUUUUUUUUUUUUAAAUUGUGUGACUUGUUGGUGGCCUUUAUUAUAUCUAAAUAAACUUAAACAUGUAUAACA